UAGUUUUUGUAUUUGCCGCGGUAUAUCUCCUGUUUUGUUUUUAAAUUAGUCAACUAAUUCCAUAGUUUAUUUGUGUGGUGUACAAAUAAUUACAAAGAUUAUUAGAAAAUGGACGGGACCCCCAGGCUAAAGAAAAGGGUAUCACUAACAUUGGCACGGCAUCAUAGAAGAGAUGCCUCACCUCAUAUCCUGCACGAAAAAGUGCGUUCGAAAAUAAUAUCCAAUGUCAACAAUAUUGAUGAAAAUGACGAAUACAAUACGCCUAAAUCCCCGUCAGAAACGUCGUUAAGUACCGAUGUCGGAAUUGAAUGUACGCCACCUCACAAAAAAAUUAAUUUAGAUGAAAGCGUUGAUUACUCUCCUAAAUGCUUUGAUACUAGCUAUUCGCCUACUUGCUUGCUUUCACAGACACUGUCGUCGAACAGCCCAGAAGUCGGCUGGAAGUGGGGAAAACGUUCUGUGGACGAACAACUAGAAACGGCUGUAACUCCGGACUCAGCUUAUGCUGCAGAUAGUAGUUUGACAUCAGCAGGCUCAAGCAGCACAGAAGUAAUAAAUUCUGUUGGGCGCAUACGAAGUGAAUCACAUGUUCAGCCUUUCGCUUAUGAAAUGCGACGCGAGGAGCAACGUCGUAGACUGGAGAUUCAAAUGCGAAGGGCUGAAAAAUUACGUGCAGAUGAAUUGCUUAAGCAGCGUUGUGCGAGACUCGAAGAGCAACUACAUGAAGCUGAGAAACGCCGUAGAGAAGGCAUGGAAAAGAAAAUAGAUUCUGAAAUUCAAUCGCAAUCCCAAAAUGUAGAAAUUUUGGAAUCUUUCCCUAAACUGUUACAGACUGAAGAGGCUGUUGUGGAAGAUAUAUUUACGAACAAAAAUGACACCUUAGAUGACUUCCUUAAUGAUUCCAAUGACGAUGGUAUAAUGCUUAUAGCUAGCCAACAAGUAGAAUCAAAUAUAGUAGAUAUAACACAGAAAUCUUCAAUAGAAGUUCUUAAAUCAGCAGAGAACUCAUAUAAUUCGACAAAGAAAGAGAAUAGUUCCGAGUCAGAAACAUCAAGAUUGUCAAAAGAGACUAUUGCUCCAGAGCGCCAAGAUAAACGUUCAUCACAGUACAUGAAGUUCCUUGAAGAUGAUGAUUUGUUUCUUUCAAUCGACGAAGUAAUUUUGCAGGAUACACAACAGGCGAAAAAACCACGCAACAACUUUCAACGUCACAACUCCAUGCCUAUUAAUACUUCGGCUAUUGGCAGUGCCAAAGCAGCCGAAAUAAAACCCACGGUAUCAACAUCUAAAUCGAAUGAAAUUAUGUCCACUGCGUCAACUACCAACACGGUUUAUUCGUUAAAAAUGAAACGGCAUGCUAGUUCGCAUGCGCUCAGUCUCUCGUCAGGUGCGGUAUACAGUUAUCGCGAUCGUCACGGGUAUAACAGGAAAUAAAUUAUCGACAGCACCUAGGACAUCGCUCGUGGGUCGAUAUCGAUAGCUGAUACUGAUUCUUCCUAUUUUAGAAAUAUGUUUUAAUUCAUAAGUAUCUCUUCGUAUUUAUCAAUGAAAAUUAAUUUCAUAAAUUUUCAUUCAUGACCACAAAUUUAAUGUUUUAAUAUUAUAUUUGAUAUGCCUUCGUUUCAUUUCCUAGUGAAAAUUGACAACUAUUUGGAAUUAUUAUCUAUAUUAUACUCGUACAACAAAUUAAAUAAGAUGAAUGAUUUUGUGCCAAUGUGAUACAAAUCAACAAUAAUAGUCGUCAUGAUCAGUACACGAAAAUAAAAAAAUCAUGAUUGAGUUAAAAAAUUAAUCUAAAUUCUUUAAGUUUAAUACAGUUUGUUUCUAAUAUGUUGUAUUCAGUUAGAAAAAGUAUCAAUUUACUAUAUAGUACAAUCACAUCUAAUUUACAAAAUAUAUAUUUUUUUUUAUAUCAGUAUGGAGAUCUUUAUAGAAUUAAUAAAGCUUUGUUUAAGUUUUUAUUUAUAGGCAUGGAGUCUGGAUGGUCUUGACCUUUUGCUUUAAAAACAAAAUUAUAUAUAUAAAGUAUAUACAUAACUGUUACAGUCAAUUGUACGGUUUUUUGGCUUAUUAACACGUUUGGGUUAAACUUUCGAUCCAUAUACUAUGUUUAUUGAACUAUAAACUCAAAAUUCCUAUUAAAGGACUUUUCGAUUUAUAGAUUGGUUUUUUUUUAUACUUAAGAGGUGAUAUUUAAUUGAUAAAAUGAAAAAAAGCAUGCGAAACAAAACACCUUAAGUAAUGUUUUAUAAUCAAAAGAACUUAUUAAACAAUGACAAAAACAAAACUAUUUACCUUUGUUUAACUGCAGAUCUUAAACAGUCCAUUUACAUUA